AUGGCUCUGUUUAUAUUUAUGACCUUCUCGGCAAUCGCCGUAUUUUUCCUUCUACUCAUUGCCACGUGCUUACCGUAUACAUUUUUGAAAAAUUGCUGUGUGUAAGUUUUUUUUUUGCUUUUGGAGAAUCUCAGAAAAAAAUUGCCAUUAUAAAUUAGAAAAAUUUUAUAAACGUGAUCUAAUUUUUUCUGGCUUUUUAAUAAUCCAAAUUGUGAAAAAAUUAUUUCUCAUUUUCGAAUAAAUUGGAAGAAAGAACAGAUGGUUCGUGUGAGUCAUCGCAAUUUACAAUAAAAAAUUUUCAUUCAGAAAUGCUUCCAAAUUAACUGUAUCGAUCCUAGGAUGUGCAUCUUGUGGAGUAUUCAUCGCAACUUGUUUUCUGGGUUUAGUUCCACAUGUUCGUCAUCAGGAAAUGGAAUUGAGGUCAAAUUCAACGAUAACUUCAUCAUACGAGUAUAUUCCAACAACUGAUCAAUUAGUUGUUAUUGGUUUUGUCAUAAUUCUCAUCGUUGAACAAUUGAUUCACGGAAUCGGACAUUCAAUUGGACAUUCACAUUCAUCAAAUAAUUCAUCUCAACCACAAACUACAAUCAAAUUGAGAAAGUUUUUGGAUGUAAGUUUACAUUUAUCAAUUUAUGAAAUAUUUUUCAAUGAAACUAUUUUUUAGGAAGAUGGGGAUGAUAAUGUUCCAUUGGUAGAUGUUGAUCCAGCUGAUGAUGAUAACGAUGAUAUUAUUUUUAGACAAGUAUGUAAAAAUCAAAAGAUCUUUGCUCACAAUUAAUAUUUUUAGACCCCAAAUAGUCCUGGAAGAUCUUGUCAUGAGAAUAAUGUUGCAAAUUCGAUGAAUAUUCGAGUUUGGUUUUUAUUGCUUGGAAUGUCGGUUCAUUCAUUUUUCGAAGGUGUUGCACUUGGUGUUCAAAAUGAUAAACAUGCAUUUUAUCAAAUAUUAAUUGCUGUUUUAUUUCACGAAGUUUUAUGCUGUGUUUCAUAUGGAAUUCAAUUAGCAAAACAUAAUGCGAGUAGAAAUUAUGCUUGGAUUUCAUCGAUAUUUUUAUCAGCCACAAUUCCUAUAGGAAUGGUACUGGCGACUACGGUAGGUUUUUGUAAUCUUUUAAAAUUUUAUGAAAGAGUGUGAAUAGUUAUAUUAUUUUUAGAUUGAUGGAAUUGAAAAUGAAACUUGGCAAAGACUUGGUCGAUAUUGGCUUGAAGGUUUGGCUGCUGGAACUUUUGUUCAUGUUGCACUUGUUGAAUUACUUCCAAUGGAAUUACAUUCUGAUGAAGAUGGAGGACACGGACAUAGUCAUGUUAGUUUAUUUUGGGUUGAGGGUUUCUGAUGGGAUAGAACAUUAUAGUUUUCCAAAAUUGAGAAAAACGGAAAAAUUGACUUUUUCAAGUUUUGGAAAUAUAGCCUUCACAGGGAGAUGUUUUGCAAGGAGAUAGGACGUAUGAAACUACGUUUAAAAAGGAAAAAUGAAUUUUGAAUUUCCACAUGUUACGUCACGUAGAUUUUAUUUUUUUCAAUUUGAAUUUUCACAUUUUUUCCACAAAGCUUUUUUUUGGUUUUGUUCUUAUCGUUAAUUUUUUCCGAAUUUCUCCAUAUAAACAAAUCAAUGUUAUUUGUUCAGAAUCUAAUUGCUGAUUCAACUUCAUCUUCUCAUUCUCAUAAUCAUUCUUCUUCUUCUUCUUCCCAUUCUUCGAAAUGGUCUUCACUUAUCAAAUCAUUGUUUGUAACUGGCGGUAUUUUAUUGUUUGUAUUUUUCAAAGCUUUGAUUGGAACACAUCAUUGA